GUGGGCUCCCUAUCAAUGAAAUAUUAGUGAUCCAAUUAGUAGAUGGGCUUUCCCAUGUUAAUGUUAGGCUAAGUCCUAACUUUAACAUCGAAAUUAAUGGAUUUGCAAAUCAGAUUCGUUUAUAAGGUUUUAUACUCCAAUUUCAUCUGUGUCAAAACACACGGAGUUUCUGCAAAGAUGAAGAUCAGCUCUGCAUCAAUUUUCCUUUUCCUGGUGCUGUUUGGUUUGGUCUCAGCAAAGAAAUCAGGCGAUGUAACUGAGUUACAGAUCGGCGUUAAGCAUAGGCCUGAAUCUUGUGAACUCCAGGCUCACAAGGGAGAUAGAAUCAAAGUACACUACCGGGGAAAGCUCACAGAUGGAACUGUUUUUGAUUCCAGCUUUGAAAGGGGUGAUCCAAUUGAAUUUGAGCUUGGUAGUGGUCAAGUUAUCAAAGGAUGGGACCAAGGACUAUUAGGCAUGUGUGUAGGUGAGAAGAGAAAGCUGAAAAUCCCUGCAAAACUUGGUUAUGGGCCCCAGGGUUCCCCACCUAAGAUUCCAGGUGGAGCAACACUGAUAUUUGACACAGAGCUCGUAGCAGUAAAUGGGAAACCAUCAAGUGGAGGAGAUAUAAGUGAUAGUGAGCUAUAGUCACUAGUUAGAGCAGUGGCUCUUGUCAUCUUUUUUCUUGUUAUAGUUUUUUUAUGGUGUCAUUUGCUGGUCGGCCAAAACUUUGUUCCGGACACAACAAACCAAGAAAACAUUUUGAUGUUUGAUUUUAGAUAUCAGAUGCUCUUCUUUGCUUCA